CAGCAAGACGAGUUGGCUCGGCUCUUUGCCCACAACAUGAGCCUGAACCAAACACUUCCGCAGUCCACACCCGACAAGCAGUUCCUCGGCCACAGUACUCAACCCAUCUACUACAGCUCACAGCACUACACUCCCGCUAGCUAUCUGCACAUCUCGCCAGCACCCGAGCAACAGCAAGCCGCAACCCCUCGCGCCGACUCUCCCCUAAGCGGCAGCCCUCUUGACAACAGCACCGGCAACAUGACGCCCAUCCACCUGGCAUCGAUGCUGCGCAACCACGACAUCGAACCUACCUCGCUGAGCAAUUCGCAAGUCAAGCUUUUCACCAACGCAGACUACGACCAGCGAUUGCGCCUGCUCGAGCUCUGGCGCAUCUCUCCUCCACAGCCAUCUCGAAACUGGCAGCAAGAGACCAGCCUGGCAUAUGAAGAGCAGUUGGCCGCACUGCGCUAUGAAGAGCGUAUGCGUGCACAGGUGGAUGACGCUCAAGCAGAGCCCUACAUGGAGUCCGGCUAUGCACACUCUGCGCACAGCGAG